CAGAUUUAAUAUAAACUAGUUACAAAUUUUUUAGAGAUUAAAGUAGAUUUUAUUAGUUUUAGAAAACCGAAAGACAACAAAAUGUCCGGUUACAAUAGCUAAGGGUGUUUGUCUGGUUUGAAAGUUCAGGAUUAAAAACAGGACUCACAUGCAUGCAUGUUGGAGGCUGUAAAAUGAAGCUUACUCUCAAAUAUCUACCACUACGUACAGCAGAAGAAGUUCGAAUCCACAAAUGGUUCUUCUGUGUUGGAAGAGAAGGACGAAUAUGCCAAACUUGAGAAUAGACAACACGGCAGGGAUAUACUACGAGAAAUGCAUCAUUCAGGCACACCACACACAAAACUGAGGAAUGCAGCGUUGCUUAUGGCACCAUCUGUUCUUUGCUUGUCGGAGUCACUGAGCUGCUGUUGUUCCUCCAUAUACAUGCCUGCCUCCAUUGAUCCAUGUCCAGCUGCUAACUGCCAAAUUAUGGAAGCAGGGAAAAAGACAGCAACUAUGAUGGACAGCCGCCUCCUUGAUGCCGCCGUAUCUGGUGACACGACAAUGAUGAAACACUUGGCCCUUCAUGACCCAGCCGUGCUGCUGGGAACAACUCCACGGGGCAACACCUGCCUCCACAUCUCCGCCAUGCAUGGCCAUGCUGGAUUCUGCAUGGAUGCCAUGGCCCUGAACCGGUCCCUCCUCUCCGCUGUCAACAAUGACGAGGAGACUCCACUUGUUGCAACCGUGACGAGGAGACUGUACUCGUUUUAUAUUUUUCAGAUUUGAUAUAAACUAGUUACAAAUUUUUUAGAGAUUAAACUAGAUUUUAUUAGUUUUAGAAAACCGAAAGACAACAAAAUGUCCGGUUACAAUAGCUAAGGGUGUUUGUCUGGUUUGAAAGUUUAGGAUUAAAAACAGGACUCACAUGCAUGCAUGUUGGAGGCUGUAAAAUGAAGCUUACUCUCAAAUAUCUACCACUACGUACAGCAGAAGAAGUUCGAAUCCACAAAUGGUUCUUCUGUGUUGGAAGAGAAGGACGAAUAUGCCAAACUUGAGAAUAGACAACACGGCAGGGAUAUACUACGAGAAAUGCAUCAUUCAGGCACACCACACACAAAACUGAGGAAUGCAGCGUUGCUUAUGGCACCAUCUGUUCUUUGCUUGUCGGAGUCACUGAGCUGCUGUUGUUCCUCCAUAUACAUGCCUGCCUCCAUUGAUCCAUGUCCAGCUGCUAACUGCCAAAUUAUGGAAGCAGACAGCAACUAUGAUGGACAGCCGCCUCCUUGAUGCCGCCGUAUCUGGUGACACGACAAUGAUGAAACACUUGGCCCUUCAUGACCCAGCCGUGCUGCUGGGAACAACUCCACGGGGCAACACCUGCCUCCACAUCUCCGCCAUGCAUGGCCAUGCUGGAUUCUGCAUGGAUGCCAUGGCCCUGAACCGGUCCCUCCUCUCCGCUGUCAACAAUGACGAGGAGACUCCACUUGUUGCAACAGUGACGAGGAGACUGUACUCGUUUUAUAUUUUUCAGAUUUGAUAUAAACUAGUUACAAAUUUUUUAGAGAUUAAACUAGAUUUUAUUAGUUUUAGAAAACCGAAAGACAACAAAAUGUCCGGUUACAAUAGCUAAGGGUGUUUGUCUGGUUUGAAAGUUCAGGAUUAAAAACAGGACUCACAUGCAUGCAUGUUGGAGGCUGUAAAAUGAAGCUUACUCUCAAAUAUCUACCACUACGCACAGCAGAAGAAGUUCGAAUCCACAAAUGGUUCUUCUGUGUUGGAAGAGAAGGACGAAUAUGCCAAACUUGAGAAUAGACAACACGGCAGGGAUAUACUACGAGAAAUGCAUCAUUCAGGCACACCACACACAAAACUGAGGAAUGCAGCGUUGCUUAUGGCACCAUCUGUUCUUUGCUUGUCGGAGUCACUGAGCUGCUGUUGUUCCUCCAUAUACAUGCCUGCCUCCAUUGAUCCAUGUCCAGCUGCUAACUGCCAAAUUAUGGAAGCAGGGAAAAAGACAGCAACUAUGAUGGACAGCCGCCUCCUUGAUGCCGCCGUAUCUGGUGACACGACAAUGAUGAAACACUUGGCCCUUCAUGACCCAGCCGUGCUGCUGGGAACAACUCCACGGGGCAACACCUGCCUCCACAUCUCCGCCAUGCAUGGCCAUGCUGGAUUCUGCAUGGAUGCCAUGGCCCUGAACCGGUCCCUCCUCUCCGCUGUCAACAAUGACGAGGAGACUCCACUUGUUGCAACAGUGACGAGGAGACUGUACUCGUUUUAUAUUUUUCAGAUUUGAUAUAAACUAGUUACAAAUUUUUUAGAGAUUAAACUAGAUUUUAUUAGUUUUAGAAAACCGAAAGACAACAAAAUGUCCGGUUACAAUAGCUAAGGGUGUUUGUCUGGUUUGAAAGUUCAGGAUUAAAAACAGGACUCACAUGCAUGCAUGUUGGAGGCUGUAAAAUGAAGCUUACUCUCAAAUAUCUACCACUACGUACAGCAGAAGAAGUUCGAAUCCACAAAUGGUUCUUCUGUGUUGGAAGAGAAGGACGAAUAUGCCAAACUUGAGAAUAGACAACACGGCAGGGAUAUACUACGAGAAAUGCAUCAUUCAGGCACACCACACACAAAACUGAGGAAUGCAGCGUUGCUUAUGGCACCAUCUGUUCUUUGCUUGUCGGAGUCACUGAGCUGCUGUUGUUCCUCCAUAUACAUGCCUGCCUCCAUUGAUCCAUGUCCAGCUGCUAACUGCCAAAUUAUGGAAGCAGGGAAAAAGACAGCAACUAUGAUGGACAGCCGCCUCCUUGAUGCCGCCGUAUCUGGUGACACGACAAUGAUGAAACACUUGGCCCUUCAUGACCCAGCCGUGCUGCUGGGAACAACUCCACGGGGCAACACCUGCCUCCACAUCUCCGCCAUGCAUGGCCAUGCUGGAUUCUGCAUGGAUGCCAUGGCCCUGAACCGGUCCCUCCUCUCCGCUGUCAACAAUGACGAGGAGACUCCACUUGUUGCAACAGUGACGAGGAGACUGUACUCGUUUUAUAUUUUUCAGAUUUGAUAUAAACUAGUUACAAAUUUUUUAGAGAUUAAACUAGAUUUUAUUAGUUUUAGAAAACCGAAAGACAACAAAAUGUCCGGUUACAAUAGCUAAGGGUGUUUGUCUGGUUUGAAAGUUCAGGAUUAAAAACAGGACUCACAUGCAUGCAUGUUGGAGGCUGUAAAAUGAAGCUUACUCUCAAAUAUCUACCACUACGUACAGCAGAAGAAGUUCGAAUCCACAAAUGGUUCUUCUGUGUUGGAAGAGAAGGACGAAUAUGCCAAACUUGAGAAUAGACAACACGGCAGGGAUAUACUACGAGAAAUGCAUCAUUCAGGCACACCACACACAAAACUGAGGAAUGCAGCGUUGCUUAUGGCACCAUCUGUUCUUUGCUUGUCGGAGUCACUGAGCUGCUGUUGUUCCUCCAUAUACAUGCCUGCCUCCAUUGAUCCAUGUCCAGCUGCUAACUGCCAAAUUAUGGAAGCAGGGAAAAAGACAGCAACUAUGAUGGACAGCCGCCUCCUUGAUGCCGCCGUAUCUGGUGACACGACAAUGAUGAAACACUUGGCCCUUCAUGACCCAGCCGUGCUGCUGGGAACAACUCCACGGGGCAACACCUGCCUCCACAUCUCCGCCAUGCAUGGCCAUGCUGGAUUCUGCAUGGAUGCCAUGGCCCUGAACCGGUCCCUCCUCUCCGCUGUCAACAAUGACGAGGAGACUCCACUUGUUGCAACAGUGACGAGGAGACUGUACUCGUUUUAUAUUUUUCAGAUUUGAUAUAAACUAGUUACAAAUUUUUUAGAGAUUAAACUAGAUUUUAUUAGUUUUAGAAAACCGAAAGACAACAAAAUGUCCGGUUACAAUAGCUAAGGGUGUUUGUCUGGUUUGAAAGUUCAGGAUUAAAAACAGGACUCACAUGCAUGCAUGUUGGAGGCUGUAAAAUGAAGCUUACUCUCAAAUAUCUACCACUACGUACAGCAGAAGAAGUUCGAAUCCACAAAUGGUUCUUCUGUGUUGGAAGAGAAGGACGAAUAUGCCAAACUUGAGAAUAGACAACACGGCAGGGAUAUACUACGAGAAAUGCAUCAUUCAGGCACACCACACACAAAACUGAGGAAUGCAGCGUUGCUUAUGGCACCAUCUGUUCUUUGCUUGUCGGAGUCACUGAGCUGCUGUUGUUCCUCCAUAUACAUGCCUGCCUCCAUUGAUCCAUGUCCAGCUGCUAACUGCCAAAUUAUGGAAGCAGGGAAAAAGACAGCAACUAUGAUGGACAGCCGCCUCCUUGAUGCCGCCGUAUCUGGUGACACGACAAUGAUGAAACACUUGGCCCUUCAUGACCCAGCCGUGCUGCUGGGAACAACUCCACGGGGCAACACCUGCCUCCACAUCUCCGCCAUGCAUGGCCAUGCUGGAUUCUGCAUGGAUGCCAUGGCCCUGAACCGGUCCCUCCUCUCCGCUGUCAACAAUGACGAGGAGACUCCACUUGUUGCAACAGUGACGAGGAGACUGUACUCGUUUUAUAUUUUUCAGAUUUAAUAUAAACUAGUUACAAAUUUUUUAGAGAUUAAAGUAGAUUUUAUUAGUUUUAGAAAACCGAAAGACAACAAAAUGUCCGGUUACAAUAGCUAAGGGUGUUUGUCUGGUUUGAAAGUUCAGGAUUAAAAACAGGACUCACAUGCAUGCAUGUUGGAGGCUCAAAUAUCUACCACUACGUACAGCAGAAGAAGUUCGAAUCCACAAAUGGUUCUUCUGUGUUGGAAGAGAAGGACGAAUAUGCCAAACUUGAGAAUAGACAACACGGCAGGGAUAUACUACGAGAAAUGCAUCAUUCAGGCACACCACACACAAAACUGAGGAAUGCAGCGUUGCUUAUGGCACCAUCUGUUCUUUGCUUGUCGGAGUCACUGAGCUGCUGUUGUUCCUCCAUAUACAUGCCUGCCUCCAUUGAUCCAUGUCCAGCUGCUAACUGCCAAAUUAUGGAAGCAGGGAAAAAGACAGCAACUAUGAUGGACAGCCGCCUCCUUGAUGCCGCCGUAUCUGGUGACACGACAAUGAUGAAACACUUGGCCCUUCAUGACCCAGCCGUGCUGCUGGGAACAACUCCACGGGGCAACACCUGCCUCCACAUCUCCGCCAUGCAUGGCCAUGCUGGAUUCUGCAUGGAUGCCAUGGCCCUGAACCGGUCCCUCCUCUCCGCUGUCAACAAUGACGAGGAGACUCCACUUGUUGCAACAGUGACGAGGAGACUGUACUCGUUUUAUAUUUUUCAGAUUUGAUAUAAACUAGUUACAAAUUUUUUAGAGAUUAAACUAGAUUUUAUUAGUUUUAGAAAACCGAAAGACAACAAAAUGUCCGGUUACAAUAGCUAAGGGUGUUUGUCUGGUUUGAAAGUUCAGGAUUAAAAACAGGACUCACAUGCAUGCAUGUUGGAGGCUCAAAUAUCUACCACUACGUACAGCAGAAGAAGUUCGAAUCCACAAAUGGUUCUUCUGUGUUGGAAGAGAAGGACGAAUAUGCCAAACUUGAGAAUAGACAACACGGCAGGGAUAUACUACGAGAAAUGCAUCAUUCAGGCACACCACACACAAAACUGAGGAAUGCAGCGUUGCUUAUGGCACCAUCUGUUCUUUGCUUGUCGGAGUCACUGAGCUGCUGUUGUUCCUCCAUAUACAUGCCUGCCUCCAUUGAUCCAUGUCCAGCUGCUAACUGCCAAAUUAUGGAAGCAGGGAAAAAGACAGCAACUAUGAUGGACAGCCGCCUCCUUGAUGCCGCCGUAUCUGGUGACACGACAAUGAUGAAACACUUGGCCCUUCAUGACCCAGCCGUGCUGCUGGGAACAACUCCACGGGGCAACACCUGCCUCCACAUCUCCGCCAUGCAUGGCCAUGCUGGAUUCUGCAUGGAUGCCAUGGCCCUGAACCGGUCCCUCCUCUCCGCUGUCAACAAUGACGAGGAGACUCCACUUGUUGCAACAGUGACGAGGAGACUGUACUCGUUUUAUAUUUUUCAGAUUUGAUAUAAACUAGUUACAAAUUUUUUAGAGAUUAAACUAGAUUUUAUUAGUUUUAGAAAACCGAAAGACAACAAAAUGUCCGGUUACAAUAGCUAAGGGUGUUUGUCUGGUUUGAAAGUUCAGGAUUAAAAACAGGACUCACAUGCAUGCAUGUUGGAGGCUGUAAAAUGAAGCUUACUCUCAAAUAUCUACCACUACGUACAGCAGAAGAAGUUCGAAUCCACAAAUGGUUCUUCUGUGUUGGAAGAGAAGGACGAAUAUGCCAAACUUGAGAAUAGACAACACGGCAGGGAUAUACUACGAGAAAUGCAUCAUUCAGGCACACCACACACAAAACUGAGGAAUGCAGCGUUGCUUAUGGCACCAUCUGUUCUUUGCUUGUCGGAGUCACUGAGCUGCUGUUGUUCCUCCAUAUACAUGCCUGCCUCCAUUGAUCCAUGUCCAGCUGCUAACUGCCAAAUUAUGGAAGCAGGGAAAAAGACAGCAACUAUGAUGGACAGCCGCCUCCUUGAUGCCGCCGUAUCUGGUGACACGACAAUGAUGAAACACUUGGCCCUUCAUGACCCAGCCGUGCUGCUGGGAACAACUCCACGGGGCAACACCUGCCUCCACAUCUCCGCCAUGCAUGGCCAUGCUGGAUUCUGCAUGGAUGCCAUGGCCCUGAACCGGUCCCUCCUCUCCGCUGUCAACAAUGACGAGGAGACUCCACUUGUUGCAACAGUGACGAGGAGACUGUACUCGUUUUAUAUUUUUCAGAUUUGAUAUAAACUAGUUACAAAUUUUUUAGAGAUUAAACUAGAUUUUAUUAGUUUUAGAAAACCGAAAGACAACAAAAUGUCCGGUUACAAUAGCUAAGGGUGUUUGUCUGGUUUGAAAGUUUAGGAUUAAAAACAGGACUCACAUGCAUGCAUGUUGGAGGCUGUAAAAUGAAGCUUACUCUCAAAUAUCUACCACUACGUACAGCAGAAGAAGUUCGAAUCCACAAAUGGUUCUUCUGUGUUGGAAGAGAAGGACGAAUAUGCCAAACUUGAGAAUAGACAACACGGCAGGGAUAUACUACGAGAAAUGCAUCAUUCAGGCACACCACACACAAACUGAGGAAUGCAGCGUUGCUUAUGGCACCAUCUGUUCUUUGCUUGUCGGAGUCACUGAGCUGCUGUUGUUCCUCCAUAUACAUGCCUGCCUCCAUUGAUCCAUGUCCAGCUGCUAACUGCCAAAUUAUGGAAGCAGGGAAAAAGACAGCAACUAUGAUGGACAGCCGCCUCCUUGAUGCCGCCGUAUCUGGUGACACGACAAUGAUGAAACACUUGGCCCUUCAUGACCCAGCCGUGCUGCUGGGAACAACUCCACGGGGCAACACCUGCCUCCACAUCUCCGCCAUGCAUGGCCAUGCUGGAUUCUGCAUGGAUGCCAUGGCCCUGAACCGGUCCCUCCUCUCCGCUGUCAACAAUGACGAGGAGACUCCACUUGUUGCAACAGUGACGAGGAGACUGUACUCGUUUUAUAUUUUUCAGAUUUAAUAUAAACUAGUUACAAAUUUUUUAGAGAUUAAAGUAGAUUUUAUUAGUUUUAGAAAACCGAAAGACAACAAAAUGUCCGGUUACAAUAGCUAAGGGUGUUUGUCUGGUUUGAAAGUUCAGGAUUAAAAACAGGACUCACAUGCAUGCAUGUUGGAGGCUCAAAUAUCUACCACUACGUACAGCAGAAGAAGUUCGAAUCCACAAAUGGUUCUUCUGUGUUGGAAGAGAAGGACGAAUAUGCCAAACUUGAGAAUAGACAACACGGCAGGGAUAUACUACGAGAAAUGCAUCAUUCAGGCACACCACACACAAAACUGAGGAAUGCAGCGUUGCUUAUGGCACCAUCUGUUCUUUGCUUGUCGGAGUCACUGAGCUGCUGUUGUUCCUCCAUAUACAUGCCUGCCUCCAUUGAUCCAUGUCCAGCUGCUAACUGCCAAAUUAUGGAAGCAGGGAAAAAGACAGCAACUAUGAUGGACAGCCGCCUCCUUGAUGCCGCCGUAUCUGGUGACACGACAAUGAUGAAACACUUGGCCCUUCAUGACCCAGCCGUGCUGCUGGGAACAACUCCACGGGGCAACACCUGCCUCCACAUCUCCGCCAUGCAUGGCCAUGCUGGAUUCUGCAUGGAUGCCAUGGCCCUGAACCGGUCCCUCCUCUCCGCUGUCAACAAUGACGAGGAGACUCCACUUGUUGCAACAGUGACGAGGAGACUGUACUCGUUUUAUAUUUUUCAGAUUUAAUAUAAACUAGUUACAAAUUUUUUAGAGAUUAAAGUAGAUUUUAUUAGUUUUAGAAAACCGAAAGACAACAAAAUGUCCGGUUACAAUAGCUAAGGGUGUUUGUCUGGUUUGAAAGUUCAGGAUUAAAAACAGGACUCACAUGCAUGCAUGUUGGAGGCUGUAAAAUGAAGCUUACUCUCAAAUAUCUACCACUACGUACAGCAGAAGAAGUUCGAAUCCACAAAUGGUUCUUCUGUGUUGGAAGAGAAGGACGAAUAUGCCAAACUUGAGAAUAGACAACACGGCAGGGAUAUACUACGAGAAAUGCAUCAUUCAGGCACACCACAUACAAAACUGAGGAAUGCAGCGUUGCUUAUGGCACCAUCUGUUCUUUGCUUGUCGGAGUCACUGAGCUGCUGUUGUUCCUCCAUAUACAUGCCUGCCUCCAUUGAUCCAUGUCCAGCUGCUAACUGCCAAAUUAUGGAAGCAGGGAAAAAGACAGCAACUAUGAUGGACAGCCGCCUCCUUGAUGCCGCCGUAUCUGGUGACACGACAAUGAUGAAACACUUGGCCCUUCAUGACCCAGCCGUGCUGCUGGGAACAACUCCACGGGGCAACACCUGCCUCCACAUCUCCGCCAUGCAUGGCCAUGCUGGAUUCUGCAUGGAUGCCAUGGCCCUGAACCGGUCCCUCCUCUCCGCUGUCAACAAUGACGGGGAGACUCCACUUGUCGCAGCAGUGAGAGGUGGACGGACCAGUACUACAAGUUUAGCUCCAUCUUUUCUCAGGUGCUACCGUGAUCUCCAUCUGAGCGAGGCAAUCUUGAAGCAAGACAAGCAAGGGAACAAUGCACUGCACCACGCAAUACGAAGCGGCCACAGGGAACUUGCGCUGGAGCUGAUCGCAGCCGAGCCCGCUUUGUCCAAAGCUGUGAACAAAUAUGAUGAGUCACCCAUGUACAUCGCGGUGAUGAGAAAUUACAAGGAUGUAUCCGAGAAACUGUUGGAGAUUCCUGAUUCUGCUCAUCUGGGCGGAACCAAUGGUCACAAUGCUCUUCAUGCUGCCGUGAGAAAUGGCACUGCAGCUAUCGCUAAAAAGAUUGUGGAGACACGUCCUGCGCUCGCACUAACAGAAGACAAGAUUAGAAAAGCCACUCCACUGCACCAGGCUGUACUUUGGGACAAGGUUGACGUGCUAAGAGUAAUAUUGGAACAUGAUCGGUCUUUAGGGUAUGUGGUCUCCUCGAAGGGUACCCCUCUUCUGGUUUCUGCUGCAUAUAGAGGCAAUGUUGGUGUAGCCCGAGAGCUUCUUAAACAUUGUCCAGAUGCGCCCUUCGCUAAGACAAAUGGCUGGACAUGUCUGCACCAAGCUGUGUGGAAUGGACAGCUGGAGUUCGUAGAUUUUGUCCUGGGUUUGCCACAAUUUGGUAGAUUCCUUAUUAACAUGCGCGAUCAGGACGGCGAUACUGCUCUGCACCUCGCAGUCCAAAAGUCCAAUCCCAAGAUGGUCGCUGCUUUACUGCUUCACCGAGACAUAGACGUCAGAGUGCUUAAUGACAAUGGAAACGAAGCAAUAUGGAAAUUGUGGAAUGUCACCAAAGAUUCCAAGACAUUAAACUGGAAUGAAAUUUCCAUGCUUAUGUUGAAAGCUGAUCCUCAAGCCGCAACAGAUAUUUAUAAUCUCCGCAGGGAAGCCCAUGAUAAAGUGACAGAAACAACAAGGAAUGAUAUCAAGUCACUGACUCAAACAUAUACAGGCAACACUUCCUUGGUGGCGAUUCUGAUUGCCACCAUUACAUUUGCUGCUGCUUUCACUUUGCCCGGAGGAUAUAGCGCUGAUCCUGGAAAUGAGGGCCUUCCUAUCAUGGCAAGGAAGUUUGCGUUUAAGGCAUUCUUGAUCUCUGAUACCUUGGCAAUGUGCUCCUCACUUGUUGUAGCCUUCGUAUGCAUCAUAGCCAGGUUGGAGGAUCUUGAGUUCCUGCUUCACUACAGGUCUUUUACCAAAAAGCUUAUGUGGUUUGCAUACAUGGCAACCACCACAGCAUUUGCAACUGGUUUGUACACUGUCCUGGCUCCUCGUCUCCUCUGGCUCGCUGUUGCGAUCUGUGUUCUAACGACUUCGCUACCCAUUCUCACUAAGCUUCUUGGUGAAUGGCCCAUCUUGAGACUAAGAUUACGCUUGGGUCGGACUUUCAAGUCGGACCUCCUUGAUAUGGUAUAGCUUCAUCACCUUCAGUUAUUGGUUCCAGCUGCUUCCCUGUUUUUAUGUUGGAAACAUAAGGAAACAGCAUAUAUGUUGCAAUGUUUGCUGAACAGCACUAUUGUUUGGGUGAUUUGGAAUCUCUGUAAUAAAGCCAGGAUUAUGUAAUUUGAACCCAUAAUAUUUCAAGCCAGUGUAGAUGAGUGAUGGUAUUUUAUUUCCGAGUUGGACAUCCUACAACUUUGCUACUUUGUUGAUGAGAGAUAUGUCAGGGUUUGGUAACUGUUUGCAACAAAACUUAUGUGGUUUUAUAUUUGAAGUCGUACAAGAAACAGAAGUGCUGGCCUUUCGAGGAAGAAAUACACUUCAAUCAAAAGGAUGCAUAUCUCCAUCUGCAGGGUUAAAUAUUUAUCUGUUAGGGACGGACACGUGUUCCAUAAACUUAUUUAGGUACGAGGCUGUCUUAGAGUGAAAUGAGAGGUCUGCAGCACCGUAUGCGCCAAUUAUAUACAUGAGCCAC